AUCACCAUUGCGCUUGUUGUUGGUCGAACUUCAGUUACAAUUUUCGUGGACAAACAAAAACGUGAAAAGUGCAAAUAGAAUAUAUUAUAGACACUUUGUUUUUAUACACAUAAUGGAUGCAAAAGAAUUUCGUGAAUUUGGCAAGGCGGCUGUUGAUUUUGUAGCCGAUUACUUGGAAAAUAUACGUGAUCAUGAUAUUCUACCCUCUGUGGAGCCGGGUUAUAUGCUGGAUUUAUUGCCCAAUCAAAUGCCCGAGGGUCCAGAAUCAUGGCGCGAUAUACUAACCGAUAUUGACCGCGUGAUCAAACCAGGAAUAACACAUUGGCAAUCGCCCAAUAUGCAUGCCUAUUAUCCCACAAGUGUCUCUUAUCCCUCAAUUGUGGGAGAAAUGUUGGCCAGUGGCUUUGGCAUUAUUGGUUUUAGUUGGAUCUGUAGUCCUGCAUGCACAGAAUUGGAAGUUGUUGUUAUGGAUUGGUUGGCCAAAUUCUUGAAGCUGCCUGAACAGUUUUUGCAUGCAACUGAAGGACCUGGUGGUGGUGUCAUUCAAGGAUCAGCCAGUGAGGCUGUUCUAGUUGCCGUGCUGGCUGCCCGUGAGCAAGCAGUGGUCAAGCACCGUGAACUUCAUCCAGAACUAAGCGAGAGUGAGAUUAGAGGCAAACUGAUUGCUUACUCUUCGGAUCAGAGUAAUAGUUGUAUUGAGAAGGCUGGUGUAAUUGCUGCCAUGCCCAUUAAGCUAUUGCCAGCUGGCGAAGAUUUGAUUCUACGUGGUGAGGCCCUGAAAAAGGCCAUAGAAGAAGAUGUGCAAGAGGGCCGCAUUCCAGUUAUUUGUAUUGCCACACUAGGAACAACAGGAACAUGUGCCUAUGAUGACAUUGAAUCCUUGGCAACGGUUUGUGAGGAUCACAAUGUGUGGCUUCAUGUGGAUGCAGCCUAUGCGGGUGGAGCUUUUGCCCUGGAUGAGUGUGCCGAUUUGAGACGCGGAAUAGAUCGUGUGGACUCAUUGAAUUUCAAUCUUCACAAGUUUAUGUUAGUGAAUUUCGAUUGCUCGGCCAUGUGGCUGAAGGAUGCCAACAAAGUUGUUGAUAGUUUUAAUGUGGACCGCAUAUACUUGAAGCACAAAUAUGAGGGACAAUCGCAGAUACCAGACUUCAGGCAUUGGCAAAUUCCGCUGGGACGUCGUUUCAGAGCACUCAAAGUGUGGAUCACAUUCCGUACUCUUGGCGCCGAAGGAUUGCGUGCCCAUGUCCGUAAACACAUCAGUCUGGCCGAGCAGUUCGAGAAACUGGUGAAAGAUGACAAACGUUUUGAAUUAGUUGCUCCACGCGCAUUGGGUUUAGUUUGUUUCCGACCCAAGGGAGAUAAUGAGAUUACAGCCCAAUUGCUGCAGCGUCUUAUGGAACGCAAGAAGAUCUAUAUGGUCAAAGCAGAACAUGCUGGUUGUUUAUUUUUAAGAUUUGCAGUUUGUGGCAUGGAUCCCAAACCUUCGGAUAUUGACUAUGCGUGGUCGGAAAUUGAGACACAGUUGACAGAUCUUCUGGUAGAUCAACAACGUCUGCUUGAGACACCAAGUAAGGCCGGCGAAGUGGGUGAACUGACGCAUCAUUUCCAAAUCCUAGCAAAUAAUGGCAAUGUAACGCAUGAGAAAUCACAGUGAGCAGCAUAAAGUGUACUUCAACUUCCAUUUGCAAUUAUUUAUAUCUCUGUAUUUAUAGUAAAUAUUGUUUUAAUAAAGAAAUUAAAGUUAAGAAAUUCCUAUUCAA